GGCCCCGCUGCGCUGUCCCUGGCCCUGCGCUCGUCCCGGUGCCGCCGGUUCGCUGUGCCCGCCGUCCGGCCCGGCCCGGCGCUCAGCGGGGCGGUGGGCGCCGGAAGCUGUGCCAAUGGCCUCAGAAGCACCAAAUGAGGAUGCAGAACCUGCAGCUGAGCCUCCUGCAGCUCCUGUGCAGGGGAACAGGACAUUCCAGUGGGGAUCCAUCCUUGCUGCAGUGAAGGACCAGCUCCCAUCCCUGGACUCUGACUCCUCCACUUCUGAUUGUGAGAGUGAUGAGGAGCUUUUCAUCUUCCAGAGGGACCUGCCCAACUUAAUUCCAGACCUGUCAGAGGAACUGAUGAUGUUUGCCCUGGAAGACUCCCAGGAGCAGGAGACAGAAAGACUUCCAUGGGAGAUCUGGAACGAAGACCUGGAAAGUUUUGACUUUCAGGAAAAAACAGAUGGUGCCCAAAUCAUUGCAAAAGAAGAUGUACAAAUGAUUAAAGAUGAGGCUGCUGAACCUGCCAGCCAGACUGAAGAAAUGCCAAGCCAAAAGAGAGCUGUUCUUGAAGAGUUUCCCUCAGAUUCCACAGAUGACCUUGAGGAGAAAGAAAUGGGCAGGACUCAGGCUAAGGAAAGAGCAAACUCCUGGCCUAUCACAGCAGUGCCUGUGCAAGAGCUGUACACUAAAGAGGAGAGAAAAAAGCUGAUAGAGACAAAGAUACUGUCCAAGAUCCUUGUGGAGCCAUCCCCAAAGCAGGAUGUCAAACCUCCCUCCCAUGGCAUCAACAACAGCCUGGGAAGAUUUGCAAAGGCAGAAACCUUCUCAGAUGAGCAUCUUGGAGAAGUGAUCCAUUUGUCACUGCAGGCUAUUGAAAAGUGGAAUGUAGACAAGAAUCUUGAGGAGCUGGAGCAGCAGGGAGAUAAAACUCGUGCACAAGUUGCUUUCUUCCCAGCAGAUUAUGAGUCCUUCAGGAGGAAGUGUGAAGAGGAGCUCAUGGAAAGGCUGGGAGAGCUGUGUGCCAGGCAGUCCAGGGCAGUGUCCCCUCCCUGUGAGAGGCCAUCAGCCAAGCUCUGCUCCUUCCAGGGACAGCAGGACAAGAAGGAUGUUGCCUUGCUGUCAUCCCCACCAAGUUCUCUGAGGAUGGGCAGGAUGAGUUUCCAGGACCUGCCAAAACGUGCAACUGUGUACAUAGAUUUGAGAGAUGCUGAGCCACCAAAGCCAGUGACAGUCCCCGAAGAGAAACAAAGUGCAAGUGACAGCUCCUCCUCCUCUGAAGAAGAAGAGACUGUGACAAUUCAGAAUGAAGCAGAAAGGAGAAUGAGGAAUUGCUCAGGGAAGAGCCUGUUACUGCAACAACUCCGAGCAGCCCGGAAGGAGGCCUUGGAGCUUCUUCACAAAACAUCUCUUCCAGCUGAGAAACUGCAGCCAGAAAGGCUGGAAGACACAGCUUCCUCUAAUAAAAGUCAAAACCAAUCUUGUAAAGUGAGGCAAGAGACAAAUGAGGUAGUUCCCAGGAAACUGAUGAGAUUGGAACCAGGCAAGCAAAGUCUCCCCUUUUCAAGCUGUGGGGGUGACAGAGCUGACACAGAGAAAGAGAACAAAAUGGAAGCUGAGAAGAUUCCAAAUGCAGGAAAUGCUCCAGAUUGUCCUCUAAUUACAGCAGAAUUGCCAAGGUAUCCCACAGGAAAAGUAAUCAGAGGGUUUGGAUGUGGCUUCUCUAAUUGUCCUGGAUUAAAGAAAAUUGCUUACCUGGGCUGUGAGCUGGAGCAAGAGGGUGUCUGGAUUUGUUACCUGGCAAGAACAACAGUCCUGGCAGCUGCUGCUGGAAGGUUUAGAGGCAGCCUCAGUGGGGCCUGGCAUAUCUUUAUAGAACUUGGUCUUGAAAUCCUCAAUGGUGAGGAUUCCUUGACUCCCAGGAGAGAAGGAAGUGAGCUAUCCCAAAAGGAAGAGGAGAUGGUGGAGAGGCAGAGGAGAUGCAGAUUGCAGGAGCAGCUGGAGCAGUGGCAGCCUCAGCGCUCGGUGUGGGGGAAGCAGCCCAUGGCAGAGAACACCCCGCUGCUGUUCCACAGGGAAGCCUCUUUUUUGCCAGCUAUUGCCACGUUGCCUGGAUCCUGCAGUGUGAGAAAGGAGCUGCUGCUGCUGACCAUUUGGCUGGCAAGCUGUGGCCAGGUGGCCACGGAUCAGUGUGAGGGGCAGGUGCCUGACAAGGUGCUGGGAGCUGCCAACAUCUACCAGGCCCUGGUGGCGUGGCUGCUGUCCCUGGUGCCUCCUGUGAAGAGGAAGGAUGGUCCCACAGCUCCAUUUGAGGUGGUGGGGCUGCAGCAGGCCUGGACAGAGGAAGGCUUGGCCCUCUAUGCCUGCCUGGUGGCACCAGAGGAACCUUCAGCCCAGAGGCACGAGGCAGCAACUGCAGAACAUCUCCAGGGAUCACCCAGCUUUUACCAGAAGAUUUCUGCAUUUCUGACUUCUACAUGGCUUCCAGAUGUUAUCUGGUGGAGAGAUGAACUGGCCAGUCACUUCCAAAAGAAGCUGUGCCCACUUGUUCCUGCAAUUCCCUCUGUCCUGCUCAGUAAUAUCAUUGCUGUUAAUCCUGACCCUCAGGCAGUGGAGAAGGCGUUUGCAGUGCCAAAGGGAUUUUACUGGCAGACAGUUGAGAGUGAUGACAAACACUUCCCUGACAGCAGUGCCAUGGAGGCUUGCAGAGAGACAGACAUCGAGGUUGCCAUGGUGCUGCUGUUUGAGGCUCUCUUCCAAAACCCCCUGGAGACCCAUCACACUCUGAGGCUGCUGCUGGGCUCUGGGCUGGAUGUCUGCGGCCUCCGCCUGCUCUACCCCAGCCAGGAGCUGCUGCUCUCCAGCUCAGAAAAGCUGCCUUCCUCCUACACCUCAGAACCUGGCAAGGUGCCCCCAGUGCUGGCAUUAGGUGUGAGAGGCCCCAGAGCCCACGGAAUCCUGCAGGACAUCACCCGAGGCUGUGGCAGGGCGGAGCCUGUCGUGUCCCUGCCCCUGGCCAGCCGGGUGCACCGGGAGCUGUGCCUGUGGUUCGGAGGGAGAGCUGCUGGAGUGCUGCCCCCGCCGUCCAGCUCUCAGAGACCUUCCCCAGCUGGGGCAGGAGCAGAUGAAGAAAAAGUUGACCUCCAGGCCUUGAUGCUGCCUCGACCUCCAGCCAUGCUUGUCUCAACUACCAAAGGGGACAUCAUUCUGCUGGUGUCACCUGUGGUGCCUCCGUGUGCCUUUGGGGCCGUGCUUUCCGCCUGUGCCCGCCGGGGCUUUGUGCUGCAAGGACUGCGGCAGCUGCAGCUCUCAGCACAGCAGGGCCUCAUUGCUGUCUUCUGCCCUGGCAAGAGCUCAGGCUCACCUGCUGGUGCUGCAGGAGGAGAGGUCCCUGGCGAGCCCCGCAGGCACUGCCUGGUGCUGCUGCUGAGGAGGGAGAAUGCCACUCAUCACAUCCCUGCCCUGCUGACAGGGCUGAUGGAGGAGCUGGCAGAGGCAGGCCCUGGCAUUGGGCACAGCCUCCCCCCUGCAGCUGCUGGACAGGAGCCAUCGCUGUGCUUCCACGGGGCUCCGUACGCCGCGGCCGCGCUGCUCAGCCUGGGAGGAAACCUCAGUGUGGUGCCAGAGCCCCAUCCCAUCCCUCUGGAUUUCCUGAGCCACCGAGCUUUCGCUGCUGAGCCCGGCAUGGAGCAGGUGGUGAUGCUGACACUGGUGGGGAUGAAGGCUCUGAAGAGUGCUGGGGAGCUCCUGCAGCAGAUCCUGCUGCCCCCCAUCAGGGAUCAGCCUCAGAGUGCAGGUAACCCAGCUCUGGAGACCUUGGGCUUCGAGCUGCUGGGCCUGAAGUGGCUGCCCUGCCUGAGUGGGUGCCAGGCCAGGGAGGUGACCCCUUUUGAGGCUGGGGACACUCACUGGCAGAGCAGCCUGGGCACGCUGACGUCCAGCCCUGUCCUGGUGUGCGCGCUCCGCGGCACCGACGCCUUCCUGGCCCUGGGAGCUGCCCUGCAGGGAUGGACACAGAGCAGGGACAGGCUCUGCACAGGGGACAGCCUCCCACAGGCACUCAUGGCCCUGACACCAGAGGUGACCUUCAGACAAGCCAUCCUCUUCUUCACAGAGGCAGAUUUGGUCACUGAUGCAGAACACCGCCCUGCUGGGAAAUUCCUGCCACCACCUGGCAGGAGCUCCAGGACUGAAGGGAAGACCACAGUGGGUGAGAGCUGGAGGUGCCGAGCAGAAUCUCUGUUCUCCUUCCUGCAAGCAGGGGCACAGCUUCUCUGCACGGUGCUGCUGAUCAAACCCGGGGUGUGGAGCCAGGGGCUGCCCAGGAUCCUCCGGGAUCUGCACCUGGAGAAGUUCUGCGUGGUCGGGAUGAAGCACCUGGAGCUGGGAGCGGCUGCUGCUGCCUCUCUGCUGCCCUGGGAGCUGCAGCAGGACCCAGCUGCUGUAGAAGCUCACUGUGCCUACCUGACCUCAGGCACUGCCCUGGUGCUGUGCCUGCAGAGGCCCAAUGCUGUGAAGAAGCUGCUGGAUCUCCUGGGACCAGAGGAUCCUCAGCUGGCCCAGGCACUGGAUCCACGCCUCUGGAGGGCUCAGUAUGGCACCAGCACAGUCCAGAAUGGAUUUUAUGGCUCCAGAUCCUAUGCACUGGCAGUCCAGGAUGUGAAGCUGUUUUUCCCAGAAGGGCUGUGCUGUGCCCAGGCUCAGCCAGUGCAGGAGCAGGAGAUCCAUAACCUGAAACACGACCCCAUCCUCAGCCUGGGAAUCAGGAAACAGCACAAGAUCCUCACCCAUGAGCCAGGAAAACACCCCAGUGUCCUGGGCUCUGAGCAGCCAGGCAGUCCUGCAGGUGAGGCCGUGCUGGAGCAGCUGUGGCCCAGCACGUGCCUGCUGCUGCCCGGGCUGAUCCUGCGGGGCCCGGAGCUGCCCCCGUACGUGGCACUGCUGGAGGAGCUCCUGGGCAGAGGCUGCCUGCUGACUGCAGCUCGGCUGGCUGUGCUGGACUCAGCCCAGGCUCUCUGCAUCUCCCAGAUGCUCAGCAGGGCCAAGGGCAGCGUUGCAGCAAAGUGCUCCCUGCUGAAGGAUGGGCUGUGCCUGGUGCUGGCAGCACAGUGGGACAGCUCUGUCACCUCCCUGGGCUCCCUGCUGGACAGUGCCUGCUGGCAGAACCAGUCAGUCCUGGACACUGCAGAGCAUCUCCUUUAUCCCCAGAAUGAGAAUCAGGCCCAGGAGCUGCUCUGCUGCUUUUUUGACCCCCUGACAUCAGAGAGCAUCCACCGAAUUGAGGCCCAGCACUGCUAGCAGAGAGGGGCAAGGCAGCCUUGGAUGCCCCAGUGGACAUGGACACACGGA